AUGGUUUGUGAGACGGGAAUCCUGGCAGACGAUCCCAGCUCCAUAGCGGCGCCCCAGAAGGACCCCCUGAUGGUGGCCCCGGGACAGGUGUGGCCCCCAUUGCCCGGCAGCAGCACCUCCUCUCUGGCGCCCCCUGGCUCCGGGGCAGAGGAGGGCAUGAAGGAGCAGCUGUAUAUUCGUGAAUUCCAAGCCUCAGAGCAGGAGGUGGCCAGGAGAAUAUUCUAUGAAGGGAUUAAGGAAAGGAUCCCCAGCUCGGCCUUCAGGGGGUUAAAGUACCAGCCGGUGCUCCAGUGCGUCUAUGCGGUGCUCACAAUAAUAUGCUUUGUUGUGACCAACUCCUUGAUGCUGGCGUGCUGUAUGCCCAUCUUUCUGUUGGGCAUGAGGUACUACUACAGUAGGAAAAUUAUCCUCAAUCACCUGGAGGGUGCUCUACGUACAGACAUGUCUGAUAUUGAGAAAUAUUACAUGAAACAGCCAGGUGAGUAUAACCCCUUCAAGGGAUGUUCCCCCUGCUCAACCCCCAACAUCAACCACUAA